AUGUCUACCAUAACACUUUACUGUAAGCCCGUGAGCAAACCGGAUGACUCUCGGGUAGACUUUGGAGCAGAACUCACUGGUUUCAAUGUUGAAACAAUGAGCGAUAAUGACUUCGAUUUUCUCCGCCGCACUCUAUACGAAAACCAAGUCGUGGUGCUCAAAGGCCAGGCCGGGCUCUCCCCACAAGCGCAAUACGAACUCACUCGAAGUUUCGACCCUUCUGCGGGGGUUUACAGCCAUGGCAAAUCAAUUGACAAGCGGAGUGUCCUCCAUGCCGAUCUGACCACCAUUCCUCACCAGCCCCAGGUCCAAGUCAUUGGCAGUGGUCUGGUCAAAGAGUACGAAGGGUUGAAGGACAUUCGCCUGAGACACCCGCACCACAAGACAUUCCACAAGUAUCCCAUUUCACCCGAGGAAGAUCAUGACUUUACACACUUCUAUCGUUGGCACAUCGAUUCGGCCAUGUAUAACCUGGACCCUCCACUCGUCACCACGCUGUUGGCCGUCAAGGUUCCCAAGGGUCGUCGUCAAAUCUGUCGCUAUGAUGAUGGCACAGACGCUACACUAGAUGUUCCUCUUGGAACAACUGCCUUCUUUAGUGGAUACCGAUUGUACGAUAUGUUGUCCGAGGAAGAGAAACACUUUGUCCGCACAAGCAAGGUUGAAUAUGCGCCCCACCCAUACAUCUGGAUGAGCAAAGCAAAGUCCCGUUCUAACGGGCUAGGUGUUAUAUCGGAGGGGCUUGAACUUGCUGAGAAUGAACUGCCUCCCUUCAAAACCUCCAAGAUUAAGAUUUAUCCUAUGGCUUGGAAGAAUCCUGUUACUGGCAAGUUUGCGAUGAUGGUUUACCCAACAUGCGCGCGGAAGAUUCAUCUUGGAAACGGAGAGGUGCUCAAUGAUCUUGCUGACAUUCGAGAGCGUCUGUAUAAGUUACAGAGACGGGCUAUUGAUCCUUGUUAUCUGUACACUCAUGAUUGGGAAGAGGGUGAUCUGGUACUUUUCAAUAACCAUGGUGUCAUGCAUUCCAUUGUUGGAUCCUUCGGAGAGGAUGAAGUGCGGGUGUUCAGGCAGUGUAAUAUGGCUGCUAGUCGCCCCCCUCAAGGACCUGAUGAUGAAUAA